AUGGGCAACCUCACCGUCUUCACAGAAUUCCUCCUCAUGGACGUCGCAGGCUCCCGGGAGCUCCAGGUUCUGCAAGGGGUGCUGUUCUUACUGAUCUAUCUGGGAGCGUUGACAGGGAAUCUUGUAACAGUCACUGUCAUCAUAACAGACGCACGUCUGCACUCUCCCAUGUACUUUUUCAUAAGCAACGUGGCCCUCCUAGACCUCGGCAGCAUCUCAGUGGUUGGUCCCAGAGCGAUCGUGAAUUCCAUGACAGGCAGUAAGACGAUCUCCCUAACAGAGUGCGCUGAGCAGAUUUUCCUGUUUACAAUGUUCGCAGCUACAGAGGUUGGAUUCCUGGUCGUCAUGUCCUAUGACCGCUACGUGGCCAUCUGCCGCCCUCUGCACUAUGGGCUCACCAUCACCCCUACUCUGUGUGCCCAGGCCGCAGCUGGCUCCUGGGCCUCUGGCCUGGUCUACUCUGCUAUGCACACAGGGGCUCUGUUCUGGCUGCCCUUCACCAAGACCAAUGUGAUCCAGCAAUAUUUCUGUGACAUUCCUCAAGUUCUGAGGAUUUCAUCUCCAGAUGUCCAGCUUUCUGAAUUUGUAAUCAUUGUUAUCUGUGUUUGCCUUGAUUUAUCAUGUAAUGCUUUUAUAUUUAUUUCAUACAUAAAUAUAUUUUUAACUGUGCUUAAGAUUCGUUCGGUGGAAGCACGUAACAAAGCCAUAUCCACCUGCACCCCACAGUUCACCAUUAUCCUUUUGUUUAUCAUUUCUGGGUCAGUGGCUACCUUAGUUCCCACUACAAAGAAACCAUCCCUAAAAAAUUUGUUGACUGCCAUGUUCUACACCAUGGUCCCCCCAUUCGUGAACCCCAUCAUCUACUGUCUGCGCAACAGGGAGAUCAACACUGCCCUGGGCAGAAUGUUCAGCAGAUGCUCUCAGAUCCCAGUCAUGGGUUUUCUAGAAUAA